GAUGCGGUUAACCCCGCCUCCAACACACGUGGGACGACCGAUGGUGCACAUCCUGAUUCAUUCAUGUCAAAUUUCUGACGAAUAUUCCCUGCCUUUUCGAGAGGAAAACCGCCACCAUACUGCUCCAUCACAGUCUCAGCGAGGAGAGGGUGUCUUCGAGCAUGGCUGGCUUCAAGCUGGGCAUCGUUCGGCUUGGCAGAGCCGCUGGAAAGACAAAAUAUUCCCUUCUGGAUGAAAGAGACAUUCCGCUAGUUGAAAAUUACGCAUUUGAGGCACAAGUUGAGGUGGACAAAGAUGGGAAUGGGGCCAAGGUGUUCGCUUUCUGUUGGGAGAUAGAAAAGGGCAGAGCGUUGGGCAACUUUGUACACAAUAUAUUAUGGGAGAGACACUGUGGCGGAAUUGCGCCAGGAUACAAAGUCGUACACAAAAACGGUGUAACAGUAGACAACAGAUUAGAAAACCUCACACUAGUGGCACAGACCAAACCAUUGAAAAUACAGGAGGGGACAAAAACAGAUAGUAGGGAGAACAACUUGUACUGGAUAGCUAUUCAACAAUUACCACCUGACCCUAUAGAUGAGCACUUUCCAGAAAUGUCGCAGUCUAAAGUGUACAAUGCCAAUGGAGAAGAGAUGGAAGAGGAGGAGGAAGGGACCAUAUAUUACGAGUGUCAUUAUCCACCAUGUACGCUCAUAGAGGAAGAGAUGCAUCAGUUCAGCAUCUGUGGUCGUUGUCAGCAGGCGCGGUACUGUGGAACACGCUGUCAGCAGAAGGACUGGCCGGCGCACAAGAAACGCUGUCGAGAGAGGAGGAAAAACUCCGCAGAAGACGACUCACCGGUGGACCGCUAGUGAUAGAGACGACAGGUACUACCUUACCUGUUGGUGUAGACUGUUGUUAGGGAUUCCUUAAUAAAGAUAGUGGAGAGGGGGGUCGGGCAUGUGGCAGUGAGCUUACCCAUGUACAGCAGAUUAUGA